AUGUGGCUGGCCUUGGUGCUGUGGAGCUCCUGCGAGGUGCAAGCUCAGGACGCGGCGCUGCUGUGCAGUGCCAUGGGUGCCUGGGCGGUGGUUGGGCGCUGGGAUCAGGCGCUGGGCCUUCUGCAGGAGCUGCGGGGCCGCUCCGCGGCGGACGGCGUGGCGGAGACCUGCGCCAUCCACGCUGCCGAGGCCUCGGCGCGCUGGGAGCUGGCGCUGGAGAUCCUCGCCGGCGGCCGGAACCCUGUCACCGGCGGCAGCUGCCUGGCCGUGCUGGCGCGUGCGGCCCAGUGGCAGCGAGCACUGCAGCUGCUAAAGGACCUGCCCGCAGAUGCCGUGGCGUAUGGUGCCGCAGUGUCUGCCUGUGGGCGCGCCGGGCGCUGGGACCAGGCUCUGGCCUUGCUGCGGCAGGUCGAGGAGCGCCGGGUCCGCAGCAGCGAGAUCCUGUGGAACGCCGCGAUGAGCGCCUGCGAGGCCAGCGCCCAGUGGCAGCGGGCGCUUCUUCUGCUGGACCAGAGGAGCGGUUGGGCGCCUGACGCCUUCAGCUUCAGCGCGGGCAUCAGCGCCUGUGGGCAGGGCAGGCUGUGGCAGCGCGCGCUGGUCCUGCUCAGGGAGAGCCAAGCGAGCGAAGCGAGAGACGCCAGCGACGUGAAAGGAGGCGUGUCCUUGGUGCCGUUGAGCGCGGCGAUUUCCGCGUGCGGUGCGGCGCGGCAGUGGCGUUGGGUGUUGCAGCUGCUGGAGGAGAUGUGUGCUGACCGGGUGAGCCCCAACACGGUGACCUACACCUCGGCCAUUGCCAGCACUGACCGCUGGGAAGCAGUGCUGGCAUUGCUGGCUGAGAUGGAGCUGAGGGCGGUGGACGCAGGCGUGGUGGCGCUGGCUUCGGCGGCAGACACCUUGGCCCGGCCGGGCCCUUUGGGCGAGCUGCUGAAGCGUGCGGAAGCCACGGCGCUGAGGCUGCUGGCACCGGAAAAACGCGUGGGCCCCGCGUCAGCGGACGUCGGGCCGGGGGGCUCGGACGAGGUCUCAGAUCCAACAGCAGACGGCAAAUCCGGAAGGGAAGAGCUCCUUUUGAAGGUCAAGGUGGGGGUGGGGAGGAUGGCCGCCGUUGAUGUAGGACCUCCGGAGCCGAUGCUCCAGGCCGUGAUGGCGCUGGCCGCGGCUUUUCUUUACCUCAGCGGCUUCACCUUGUUCAUCAUGGGCCGAAGGGACAGCACCAGAGCCUUCACAACGAUUGCCGUGCUGAACACCCUCAUUGCGGGCUCGGCGUACCUCGGCAUGUCGCAGGGCUUGUUCAUCAACAUGGUGGACGGAAGGCGCGUUUUCUGCCUGCGCUACGCGGAUUGGAUCUUCAGCACGGCCCUGUGCUUGCUGGACCUGGCGCUGAUGCGAGGCGCUAGCAUGAAGAACACCCUUUUGCUCGUCUCCCUGGACGUUUUGAUGAUCAUGCUGGUGGCUUGCGCGGCCACAACUGCGUGGAGCGCAGGCAAGUGGCAAUACUACGGGGCCGCGGUGAUGUGCUUCAUCGCGGUGAUGAGCAUCCUUUACCACGUCCUUACCACUGCGGCAGAAGUGAAAGGCAGCACGGACGGCGUCGAUGCGCAGCGGAAGUUCAAGUUUGUGGCCAGCCGCACCAUGGAGGUGUGGUGCCUGUACCCCGUGAUUUUCUGCUUGGCCGAGAUGACCCACACCAUCCCAGUGGAGUUGGAAGUGGUGAGCUAUGCCAUCGCAGACAGCUUGGCAAAGUGCCCCGGCUCAGACUGCACUGGUUCCCACGCAGAUGCGCCGAUGCUGCAGGAGGCGGACGAUACUGGUAGCCAAAUGGUUCAGAGCAUGGGAGGCACGGAGUCGGAAGGCCUCGUUUCGCCAGAGCUCCAGUGCCAGUGGGUGAUGGAGGCUGAGCCGGCGGGCCGCAACGGAAACGUUGGCAGGCGGGCCUAUGAGCAGAUGCUCGAGGUUGUUAAUGCCGUUCUUGCAGGGCAGAUGCCUGCGCAGAAUGCUGCAGAGCUACUGCAGCCCAUUGCGGCGCAGGAGUCCCUGCAGCAAGUGCUGGUGGACGCGCUGUGGCUGGCCGGCUUUGCCGCCUCCGAGGCCCCGGCGACCAAGGAGACUAGGGAUGAGUUCACCAAUUUCUGUGCCCUCCUGGAGAAGGAGGGCGUGGUCUCCAAGCCCAUCCUGUGCGCUGGCCUGGAGACGGAGAUGGUCCCAACCGGGGUCUGCAAUGUGCCGCUGCUGCGGAAGAAGCAGAACCAGGCAAAGACCAAAGCUCGCUACACCGUGACGAGGUUCAACCUCCUCCGCGAGCACAAUGAGGGCUAUGCCAGAUUGAUUAUGUACAUAGACAAGCUGCUCCACUUGGACAGCGACCUGCAGGGCACCGAUGCCGCGGAGUUGGACAAGACGAGACAAGUCAUCAUCGAUGAUGUGAUGCUGCUGAUGGGGCACAGCUAUCUUUGCCCCAACAGGAUCAUCGCCAUGGCCAUCGACAUCUAUGAGAAGCUGAUCAUUGACGAGGAAGAGCCCAGCAAGCGUCCUCAGGCGUUAGUGGCCUUGCUGCGGCGCUUUGGCCGGGAUCGCAUCUCCAAGGUCGCCUCAUUUCUGCUUAGCAGCGGCCCACCUCCUGCAAACGCAGGGAAGGACACAAAGGAGCAGAACCAUAGGUUAUCUCAGUUUGUUGCAGUGGCAUCGCUGAUUGCCCAGAACUGCAUCGAUCUUAAGACCCUCUGGUCCUACCUGGAGCCCUGCGAGAAGCGGAUCCACGAGGCCUGGCACAUGCUGAACCGGAGAUACGAGGCCAAGUUGAAGACCGUCAGUACCGUGGACCUCUCGGGCAAGUCAAACUUGGCGCGGGACAAGCGGUUCUUCAACGGCUGUGUCAAGAAUUUCAACCAGAUGCUGAACCAGAAGAUUCGCCUGGUGGAAGCCAUGAUCAGCAUCAAUGAUUGGCCCCGUGCCUGCAUACUGCUGACGCACCUGCGGAGGAUUUGCAAGCCCUGUAUGAACCACUACAUUCGCACAGCGCUGUGCGACUUGCUCAAGUGGGUCAUUGAGCCGCUGUUGCCAAAGGUGCCAGGACAGCAGCGAUACAGGGAGAUGCGCCGCUUCCGCUGGGGGUUGGCGAAUGGACCCGGAGAGGGCCAAAUCCCCAACUGCCUGCGGCAGGCGACGGAUUUGAAUGACUUCGGCCCAGCGACCAAGCAGGUCUUGGAUCAGCUGGAGUUUUACUUGCAUACGGACAACAUGCUCAUGGGCCACCUUUGGCAGGUCAUGGCGCUCUCGCUGAAGGAUGCGCCCGGCAGUGCCGUGGCCACUGCCUCCGCGCACAGCGCAGCGCCUUCCAACCAGAUCCUGGAAGACAGGCUGGUGGCCAUCGUCUACAAGCACCUGCUGCCAGCGAUAUCCAUCGCCAAGCCCUGCCCCUGGCUGAGCAGCGUGGCGUGGAACGUCCUGAAACAGGUGACGGUUUUCCAGCGCUACAUGAUCUACAGCUGUUGGGAGACGAGGUACAACCAGUUCAUGCUGAAGUAUGGCUGUGAGGAGGCCAAGCUGGAGGCCAAGAAGAUCCUGAAGCGGGUGGUCUCGAGCGACAAGUCGGACCGGGACCGGGAGGAUCCCAACGCCUAUAGGCCGCAUCCGAUCUUCUGCCAGCUUUGUCAGACAAACCCCAUCCCCAUCGUGGAGGUGAUGUUGAAAGACAUCGAGAUCGGAUUCAAUGUGAACAUGAUCCAGCCGUACGUGGACCUCACCUCCCGUUGCUCGGAAAUGAUGACGGACGUGGUAGGAUGUGUUCCAGCUAUGUCCAACGCUGUACGUCGAGGUGAUCAGCCUCGAUAUCACAGGACAAGUGCGGCGUCUUCGUUGGAUGCCGACCGCUAUGUGCUGGCGCGGAACUGCGAGCGCCCCGCCUCCGAGACCCGGGUCUUCCUCAACGUGGCGGAUGGCUUCAUCUCCCCGUGGCUCUGCAACUUUGCGGACUUCAUCGGCCGGUUCUUCAAGAAGCACCCUCAGACCAACCUGAUCGGCAUCCUCACGGUCAUCGCGCGCCGCAUGAUGAACGACACCGAGACUGCUGCAGGUAGGCACUCUGGCAAGAAGUUCAAGGGCGAGUCCUUGAUCCGGGUGGUUCUGGAAAAGCUGAUGGAGCACAUGGGCGGCCUGAUCGUUGUGAAAGAUCUCACGGCGGAGCAGCUGCUGUGCCUGGCGGGGGGGCAGCGACUGCGCCUGGAGUCGGUGUCUGUUGGCACCAGACCAGAUCCGCAGCGGAAGGAGAGGACCAGGAAGGCCUUGAUGGACAGCAUGGUGGAUUUGGGCCUUGCGCCAGCUUUGUGGGACUGCCUCAGCAAGCAGCGGCUCUACUUCCACUCCGAAGGCUUCUCGGAGGUGAACAGCGACGAGGGCUCCCUGAAGUUGCUUUGCAUGCUGCUGGACGGGAACCAGGAAUGCUUCCUGAGCCUCGUGGAGUUUCUUUCGCAGGCCUCCUCGCGGGAGAAGUACCUCAAGUUGGUGCCGGCCUUUCAGCAGAUUUUCGGCGUCCUGGAGCCGUCCCUGGCAUAUUCCUCGCUGCGGCCCGGGCUGGCGCCCUUUGCCCGGGGCGUCGCUCCCAAGACGGACGGCGAUCCGAAGGCAAUGGUGGCGACUCCCGAGGAGAUGGAGCUGUACAAGCAGCUCUCAGGAGUCGCCCGCCAGUGUCUCGCGAAGGCGCCUGAGGAAGAUGGCCUGUCCAUGGACUUCUUUGUGACCUUUUGGCGCCUGUCCCUGCAGGACAUCUUCGUGCCCGCAGAGGGAUACGAGCGGGUGCUUUCCAGGAUCAUGGCCGGCCACAAGAGCUUUGAGGAGCAGAAGACCAAGUUGGACAGGAAGUACAAUGUGGACACUCACAGCCGCGAGUACAAGGCGCUGCAGCGGAACUUGGCGCGGCAGAAGGAGGCCUACGACAAGCUGAAGGAGGAGCAACUCGUGCAGAAGCUGAACUACGAGAAGGUCUUGGCACGGCUGGAGCAAGAGAAGAACGGUUGGUUCUUGAAGUAUGGCCCCGAGGCGACACACGCCUUUGUGGCAGAGAUGCUUGUUCCGCGCGCGCUCACUUCACCUGCAGAUGCGCUCUUCUGCUGCAAGUUUGCGCGGCUGCUGAUCAAGAUCAAGACCCCGGGGUUCUUGGUCCUGGACUUCUACAACAGUUGGACCCUCAUGCUCAGCAUGAACCUGCGCUCUUGCACCGAGCGGGAGGCACAGAUCUGCGGACUCUUCCUGAAAGAGAUGAUGGCAUACAUUUGCGGUCUUCGGAAGAGCGAAAAGGCAUACGAAGCUGAGAUGAAGGAUAACCCCUGCUUCUACCGCCAUCACUACGAUGAGAAGAUGGUGGACACACCUCUGGAGUUCGCCAAGCACUCGGACAUUCUUAGGGGCCACAACAAGUGGGAGGGCAGGAUCUACAAGGUCCUGCGGCAGAACCUCGAGUCGGAGGACUGGACAGAGAAGCGCAACACCCUGCUGCUGCUGAGCCAGUCCUGCGAGAGCUACCCAGUGGUGGAGAAGUACGCCCGCGGGGUGCUCCAAUGUGUCGAGAAUCUUCGGGACCGUGAGAAAGCCAAUGACCUGAAGACGUUGGCGAACUCUCUGGCGGUGAAGCUGAGGGCUACCAGCAAGAGCUGGAUCAAGACAGAGAGCAAGGAGGCACCAAAGCCAGGGCCAAAGCCAAUGCCCAAGACGGAAACGAAGCCCAAAGAGGCCAAAGAGGUGAAAGAAGUGAAGGAUGUCAAGGAGGUGAAAGAAGUCAAGGAGACAAAGGAGGUGGCAAAGCCGAAGAACGGCCAGAAGAAGGAGGGGAAGGAAGGCAAAGAGUCCAAAGAGGCGAAGGAGCCAAAGGAUCCCAAGAAGGAGGAGCGCGAAAUCAAGCGCAGAGAACCUCCAAGAUCCAAUGGAGGUGAGGACCGGCCGGAGAAGAGAGCCCGAAGAGAUGAUGACGCAAAGCGCCGGGAUGACGACGUCGUGAUGGUUGCUCAGCGACCAGCCAGCCGUGGUACCGCCAGAAACUCCCUCGCGGUGCAGGGCGAACGAUCCGAAGGGCGCCGCAAUGUGUCGAGCUCAGGCUACGAUUAUUCUUCCCGCCGCACCACGCAACACGUGCAUGCCUCCAGGCAUGACCGGCGCAGGUGAUGUGAGAGCCAACGGCCGCGCAGAUGGCAUAGGAGAAAAAGCGGAUGGGCAAGACGGCCAUCGAUGAACGAAUGCCGAGACAUGCAGGGGCAAGAUAGGCCACGCUGGU